AGAGAGAGAGUAGAGUGGAGCAGCCUGCCUCCCUAACUCUGCCAGCACCGACAGGCAGUGUUGCUGACUCUACUGGGGUCUGAUCCAGACGGGUCUCUUCUUCCUCCGUCAGUUUCUUCUUCCUCCUUCCGCACAACACAUGGGAUCCGUGAGCCCCAAGCCAGGCGUCUGAGCAGAGGGCUUCUCCAGCCGAGCCUGACAUGAGGGGACGGAGAUGCGCUCAGCCGGGCUGCCGACAGUGGGCUUUAUGGAGCUCCAGCUGAAGGGGGGUGGUCCCCUGGUGGUCCCGGCGAAUACCAUCUACAGCACCGUCCAGCAGCAGGACUACUCUGCAGGCGUAUGGCUCCGCAGGAAAGAGAAAAAACUGGAGCAUUCUCAGCAGAAAUGCAUCGUAAUCUUCGCUUUGGUGUGCUGUUUCGCUGUCCUGGUGGCCUUGAUCUUCUCGGCGGUGGAUGUCUGGGGAGAGGAUGAAGACGGUAUAACAGAAGAGAACUGUAACAAGAACUGCAGGGUAGUGCUUGUGGAGAAUAUUCCAGAAGAUGUCACCUUCUCUAAGAAUAGUACGGCCCACCUCACCCUCUCUGCUGGACUGCAUAGCCUACUGGACCUGGCCGUGGCUGGUCGUUCUGUGGAGAUUGUGUCACCACAAUGGAACCUGAACUCCUCUGACAAUGAAUCAAGCUUCCUACCAUCUUCUAGGCAGGGUCAGGCUUUGCUGCAAAGACUGCAGGGGCUGAAGAAGAAGGGAAUCAAUUUGAAGAUAGCUAGUGGAAUGAUCAACUCUGUAGAGCUCAAGAGCCUCUCUCGUCUGAGUGAGGUGCACUACAUUAACAUGACGGCCCUGACCAAAGGCUUCCUGCACUCUUCUUUCUGGGUGGUGGACAGGAAGCACAUCUACAUCGGCAGUGCCACCAUGGACUGGCGAUCACUGUCCACGAUGAAAGAACUGGGGAUCAUCAUCUACAACUGUAGUUGUCUGGCACUGGACCUGCACAGGGUAUUCAACCUCUACUGGCAGCUGCAGUAUAAGGACUUUGUACCGUCCAUCUGGUCCAAGAGGCUGAGUGCCCUGUGGAACAAAGAUGAAAACCUCCCACUUCUCUUCAACAACACCAAGGCUGAUGUCUUUCUCUCUAGCUCUCCAGAUGUCUUCUGCCCUAAAGACAGGACCAGAGACCUCGACGCCAUAUCCUAUGUGAUCCAAAAGGCCAAGAAGUUCAUCUACAUAUCCAUUACAGACUACCUGCCUCUCACUAACAGGAAUUCUCACAGAUACUGGUCAAGUAUAGAUGGGAUGCUUCGGGAGGCCUUGAUCCUGAGAAACAUCAAAGUGCGUCUGUUAGUAAGCUGCUGGGAGCAGACACACCCCCUGACCUUUAACUUUGUGUGGUCCCUGAAGACCUUGUGUAUGGAGCUCCCUAACUGUUCACUGGAGGCUAAGUUCUUCAGCACCAGGGAGCAGAGAGAUGGCACGCUACAGGGAAUCAACCAUAACAGAUUCAUAGUGACAGACAGUGCUGUGUACAUAGGGAACUUUGACUGGGUGGGGAAUGAGUUUAUGUUCAACGCUGGAGCAGGCAUGGUGAUCAGUCAGGCAGAGGGGCUGAAGGAGAGGAACUCAACGUUGGUGGAACAGGUGAGGGCUGCAUUCCAGCGGGACUGGUAUUCACGCCACACCAUGAGCCUGCAGGCUAACAAGAUCCCAGUCUGCAACAAGCACCAGCUCAACCAACUGGCACAUCUCAAAAUCACUCAACCACCAGAGAGCAGCGGGAGUCAGGAGAGUCCCAAUGGCUCCUUCUGACUCCAAAGACAUGUGGUGUGUUACAAGACUUUUAUGCUUUAAGAGAAAAAUAACUAUUUGAAUGCUGAAAUCGGAUACAAUUUACAACUUGUUUUUAGGUAAUAUUUGUUUUCUAUCACGUCUUCUGUUUAUUUCAUCCUCUAAGACAUGGGCAGGGAACUGAUGAAAUAAAUAUAUUUUCUAUUGAUUGCCAAACCUAAAUAUAGUUAAUUGUUUAAUCAAUUUUUACCAAUAAUGUCAUAAUUUAUCACAGCCUUUAAAACCCUCUCUGACCAAAACACGGUUGGAGCAGCAUGGACAGUAGUGUGGAGAUACAGUAUAUCCUAUACAAAUCUAUACUCCAAGGAUGUUUACCUUGUGUCUUCAAUAUUUGUUUUUAAAGUGCAGAAUUCCUCCAGCCUCGACCAAAUCAACAGGUGCCAUUUGUCACUUGGACAACAGCUUAUCAAAUGAAGCAAAUGGGAAAACAACAGACAACUGCCUGUCUAGAUCUCAUCUGACUCAUAAGCUACUGACAUCUUUCAGGUGUUUAUUGUUGCAGAGUACAGACAAUUAUGCCCCAUUGGCAUCAAUCUAUUUUGGUAUUGCAUCUAAAAUCCUGUUUUGGUCUCAACUAGACUGUAUACUUGAUUAUGUUUAAUAUCACCAUGCCAGGGGUUGAUCUCGGAAUCUUAACUCAAUUUCCAGGAUUAUGAUACAUUAACCAAUUUUAAGAUGAAAAUAAAUGUUGCAUAUUUUAUUCUAUUCUGUAUAUUGUCUUUGUUGGAAACACUCAAAAGGGUAGAAAUAGAUAUGUAUUCAACUUUUAAUAGAACUUUAGGCCUAUUGUGUUUGUUACGAAUCCCUUUUGGCCCGACAGUCUAGGGGGGAUGGUAAUGAGACCCGUAACAUAACUCAUGCAAAUUAUUAUUGUGACAAAGUAAAAGUGUGCACGAAAUAACCACGACAACAGAA